AUGACGGAAAAACCCACUCCUGUAUUACAAAAACCACCCGGAUACUUCAAUCAAACCGCCCCUUCAUUCAAACCACCUUCUCGCCGGCCAAUUCUACCACCAACAUUCCACCGCCGGCGCCGGCGAUCCUUCUUUUGUUGUUUCUUGUCCAUCCUUAUCAUCAUCAUAAUCAUAAUCAUCAUCGCCGGCGGCAGCUUUUUCUAUCUAUGGUUUCAACCACAUCUCCCUGUUUUUCAUCUCCAAUCAUUAAAAUUUCCUCAUUUCAAUUUCACAAUCGACGGUUUAGACGGUCCUUCAUUAACAAUCCAAGCUGUUGUUAUGAUCGAGAUAAGAAAUCCCAACACUGUUUUAAAUCUCAAUUAUAACAAAAUGAUUGUUUCUUUGAAAAUUGAGAAAGUCGAUUUUGGUUCGGUCGGUUCGGUUUUAGGGUUUUCUCAAGAGAAGAAAAACACGACGAUUGUGAAGUUUAAGGUUGAUUCGAAAAAUGUGUUGGUUUCGAGUGAGACUUUGGUCCAGUUGAAGGAAAGGUUUCGAAAGAAGAUGUUGUUGGUGAAUGUUGAGGUCGAAACUUCGAUUGGAUUUGGGACCGAGGUGUGGCAUUUUGUGCCGAUUGAGAUUAAAGUGUUAUGCGAUAACGGAUCGAGUUUUAAUGAGAUCGAAAAUGAUAUUGUUCGUGGUUGUAAUAUAAAUCUCCUCAAUUGGUAUGUAUUUUAA